AUGGAGGUUCCCUAUCUCCCAAACGCGACGGUGGAGGAACGUGUCAAAGUUUUCAGUAGAACACUCUUCUCUCCUCCUCCUCAGCUCUAUGAUAGCGACCUGUCGCGCGACUGCAUCAAGUUCUUUGGUGCGCAACUCAACUCGAACGAACCCGUAGAGGAUAUGCAGCCAGAAGCAGUUGUAUAUACCUACAAAAACUCGACGAGGAAGCCCCUCAUCGUCACAGCCAUUGCUGACGGGCAUUCGGGUCCAUAUACGUCUGCAAAGCUCUCUGGCAACUUGGGGCUUUUGACCGUGUUGACACUGGCACGAGAGCAAGGAUUCAAGGUUGACGUACCAAAGGUUGACAUCACCGAGGCGAACAUCGAACUUCCGAGCGCAUUCAAACUGCACAAGGAGAAGACAGCCGGCUUGCUGCAAAAGGCUUGGGAAGCAUACGAUGCGUACCUCGUAUUCCAUGAGCCCAAACAAGCCGCAAAGACCAUGAGCGUUGACCCCCAAGCCAGCCAGUCGGACCAACAGGCACUGGUGCUGCCCGGAUAUUCGGGUGCCUGUGCGCUUGCUGCCUUUGUCGACACUGAGGAAAAAGAGAUGUGGGUCGCUUGUACCGGGGAUUGUCGUGCAGUUGCUGGGUACUGGGAUGAAAAGGGUGACGGCACUGGGACUUGGCGCGUUGACGUGCUCAGUGAAGAUCAGACUGCUGAGAGUCCAAAAGAGGUUGCACGUAUCAUUCGGGAGCAUCCUAAAGACAAUGCAGGAAACGUGAUCCGAAACGGUCGAAUCCUGGGAUCAUUACAACCAUCUCGUUCCUUUGGUGACCUUCGUUACAAAUGGCCAGCACAGAUGCAACAGGAGCUGUUGCCCAAACUCCUUCCUCCAAACGUUCCUGUUCGACCACCACCGGCCAACCUCCUCACACCACCGUACGUGACAGCGAGACCAGAGGUUCAGUACCGCAAGUUUACUCUACCUUCUUCUGCACCUUCUUCCAACUCGCCUCGCUCGACGCUUCGCUUCCUCAUUCUUGCGACAGAUGGUCUAUGGGACGAGCUUUCGAACACGGAUGCCGUCGCAUUGGUUGCAGGGCAUCAAUCUGGAUACAGAGGGUCGAUACCUCGAGGAGAACUCACGAAGAGGAUACCGACCACGGAGGAUAUCUCGAACAAGACGUCGGAUCCUCUACCACACGCAGCAAAAUCCAACAAGGGAUCGUAUGAUUGGUCUUUCAGAGACGAACACGUUGGAAUGCACCUCAUCCGCAAUGCCAUUGGAGGUCAGGAUGACCAAAAGAUUCAACAGCUCUUGUCCAUCCCGCCUCCAUACUCCCGGAGAUUCAGGGACGAUAUCAGUGUCGCGAUCAUCACGUUUGAUAAAGAUGAUAUGCCAGUACAAGAAGUUACUCGAUCAAAACUCUAG